CGGGCGCGGCGCUUCUCCCCUCAGCGCCGUCGCUUCAGCGCGCGGCGGCGCGGGCGGCCGGGCCGCGCCGUCCCACCCCAGCCCACCCGAGGCAGAACUGAGCUGAGGGGAAAGGGGGCGAAAUGGCGUCGUGCGUGGGGAGCCGAACCCUGAGCAAGGACGACGUGAACUACCGCUUGCACUUCCGCAUGAUCAAUGAGCAGCAGGUGGAGGAUAUCACGUUGGAGUUCUUCUACCGGCCGCACACCAUCACCCUCCUCAGCUUCACCAUCCUUAGCCUCAUGGCCUUCGCCUUCACCAGGGAUGAUUCUGUCCCGGAGGAUAAUAUUUGGAGGGGUAUCCUUUCUGUUAUUUUCUUCUUUCUAAUCAUCAGUGUUCUAGCUUUUCCAAAUGGACCCUUUACACGCCCCCACCCUGCAAUAUGGAGAAUGGUUUUUGGUCUCAGUGUGCUCUAUUUUCUGUUCCUGGUGUUUGUGCUCUUCCUUAACUUCGAGCAGGUAAAAGCUGUGAUGUACUGGCUGGAUCCUAAUCUUCGAUAUGCCACAAGGGAAGCAGAUAUCAUGGAGUAUGCUGUCAACUGUCAUGUUAUCACCUGGGAGAGAAUCCUUAGCCACUUUGAUAUAUUUGCGUUUGGGCAUUUCUGGGGCUGGGCUAUGAAGGCUUUGCUGAUCCGCAGCUAUGGGCUGUGCUGGACUAUUAGCAUCACCUGGGAACUCACUGAGCUCUUCUUCAUGCAUCUUCUGCCUAAUUUUGCUGAAUGCUGGUGGGAUCAAGUCAUUUUGGACAUCCUGCUUUGUAACGGGGGUGGCAUCUGGUUGGGCAUGGUAGUUUGUCGUUUCUUGGAGAUGAGGACCUAUCACUGGGCAAGCUUCAAGGACAUUCACACAACCACAGGGAAAAUCAAAAGAGCUGUGUUACAAUUCACCCCAGCCAGCUGGACCUAUGUCCGCUGGUUUGACCCUAAGUCUUCAUUUCAAAGAGUGGCUGGAAUCUACCUUUUCAUGAUCAUUUGGCAGCUGACUGAGUUGAACACUUUCUUUUUAAAACAUAUCUUUGUGUUCCAAGCAAGCCAUCCUUUAAGCUGGGGGAGAAUUCUCUUCAUAGGUAUCAUUACAGCACCCACUGUAAGGCAAUACUAUGCGUACCUCACAGAUACACAGUGCAAGAGGGUGGGAACUCAGUGCUGGGUGUUCGGGGUUAUUGCUUUCCUUGAAGCUAUUGUGUGCAUAAAGUUUGGACAGGAUCUUUUUUCCAAAACACAAAUACUGUAUGUUGUGUUUUGGCUUCUCUGUGUGGCCUUUACAACUUUCCUGUGUUUAUAUGGUAUGGUUUGGUACGCAGAAUACUACGGCCACCGAGAAAAGACCUUAUCAGAAAGCGAAGACAGCCCUUACAGUCCAGAUGCUUCCUGGCUUCAUUCUAAAUUCAGUAGAGCAGGUGCUGACAAUAGUCCAGCCAAACAAACAGUCAAUAGUGAAAGCCAUUCAUCGCGAAGAAGGAAUCGGCACUCCAAAUCAAAAGUAACAAAUGGCAUUGGCAAGAAAUAAGAAUGGUCUCUGACAACAGCCUACAGUGUGACCGGAGGUGACAAAGAAAAUCAGAGUUUCCACAUGGAAGAUUGAUUUUUAAAUUUAAAAAAAGGAGGUGUUGAAGAAAACGAUGAUCAAGAUGGAGCCACCAGUGUAGUGCAAAUCAUUGCCUGCUGACACUUGCCAUUCACUGAUUUAAAUCUAAUUUCUUCAGCAUGUGGCACCAAAAGCUAAUGAAGAGUAUGCUGGAAAGAGAAGUAAUUUUGUCAUAGCAGGUACACCCUGUUCUGUGUUCAGGUGUUGCAAGUGCAUUUUUAAUAUCUCAGUUGAGGACUUAAACACAAAAGUUAGUAAACUGAUAAUCAGUUGGCAUAGUUGGUUGAAUUUUUUUUUACUGUUUUUGUUGUUCUCUGGAAGAGUACACAAUCCUUUGACUAAGAGCAACUGCCCUUUAUCAGUCUCACAACGAAACUUUUCUAUACAACAGUUAGUAAAUAUUUAAUAUUUCCAUAUUUGUAUCCAGCUGCUUGCUUUUAUGUAAAGGCUCUUUAGACCUGGUGACGGGGUUUUACCAGUGAAGAAAUGAGUCCAGGUUUCUUGUAAAGUAUUUGAAAUUGACCUUCAAACAUGGUUCUUUUGUUCUGCAUCGUCCUUCUGCUUGAUUGCUAUGUAUUCUGUUUCUUUAACGUAUUUAAAAUAGUGACAUAAAAACCUGUUACAAAGUAGAGGGCCAUGCUUUCUGCCCUCAGAGACAAAUGUCAUGUCAUUUAGUUGUUUUUCCUCCUUUACUGCAGUGUGUUUUGCAUCUUCAAGUGGAAAUACGUAUUUUUUUUCAGCUGUGUCACAUUGUAUACAAUGUUCCUUCCUACUUCCCUGUAAUUUGCCUUUGCCUCAGCUGGAACCAGAAAUCCCAGUGUCUUCAGACUGGUAUCAGAAACUGCUUUGAAGGCUCUGCCCUACUAAGCCUGGUGAUAAGGCAGUUUUUUUUCUUACUACUGCCAUAAACAUAGUUAUUUGUGAGGCUUGCUGUAGUCUUUGGUGUCUGAGAGGCAGCGUGAUAUCGCUGUGAUAUACCCCAUUGCUUUGGUAUUUCCUGUCAUGCAGUCAGAUACUCAACAGCAAAGUCACUCUUCCUUUGCAGGGGUUUUUUGUGUGUGGUGGUGUUUGUUGGGUGUUGGUUUUUUUUUAAUGUAUUAAUUCUGACAUCUAGCAAAGUGGAUAAUUCUCCAGCAGUGAAUGUAAUUAUUAAGUCAGGAGGUAAACAAUCAAGAGGAAUCAGUCCCCGUAUUAACUUAUCAAAAUGUUUUUGUGCCAAUUAGAUUUUGGGAUUUAUGGGGCUCAGAGGGGUAGGUAGCUGAAGCAAGAAUAACUAACACCUAUUAGUUACUUAGUCUUCAUAAGAAAAUGGGAUUUCCUUUUUUUUUAUGGAUAAUGUUACUGUGAUUUGCCACAGGCUAAGUACUAAAAAAAAUGCAGCAGAGACUUUAUACAAGUGUAUGAUACUGUAAAUAGAAGAAGUAUCCUGUGUAAGCCAUUAAUUCCAAUGUGCCACAGAUUGUCAAUGUUUUCAAUGCACUUAAGUGUUGCUGCUGAACUCCUCAGAGGCCCUUAAUUUCUCAGCCCGCUUUCCAUCAAACAUAAAGUCUACAACUUGGGAAGUAACUUAGUAGAAGCUGCUAUAUCAUCAUUGCGACAGUGACAUCAAAUGGUACGCGGGAAAAAAUGUUAGGAAGACUUUCAGGCUUUGCUACAACUACUUGUUUUCCUCAUACUAUAGCAAUUCCACGUAUUGUGUCUUUAUUCGUAAUGUACUACAUGUUGACGAAUGUACAUUUCUCUGGAUACUCAGACUUGUUACUUUUUUAUUUUCUUAGUUAAUAACUCAGUCUGUGUAAGGCUGAAGAAUGGCAUUGUAAAUUUUCUAUUGAUUCAAUACCAAAGCAAGAGGUUGGAAAUCUAAUGGUUUAGAUAUGUUAAGUACUGUGGUUUUCAAAGGUGAGAGCCUGUUUUGUACUUGCAAGGUGUAUAUGCACUCACUAUGUAUACAAAGCUUACAUGUGUAAGCAGAUGCUGAAGUACAAUAUCUACUUGCCUGUGGGGACAAGCACACAUUUUGUAUAAUAAAUGCAGACCUGGUGCUCACCCUGUGGAAUUGCACCCUAAAAAUAUUGAAAAGGCAAAUAUGAAGUGUCAUCUUGUUCGAAGCUGAGUUCUGGAUGCUAUUACAACAGCUUGGCCUUGAAGAAAUGUUGUUUAACAACACCUUUAAAAAUAUUUCCCAUGAAGUCUUUUUACUUUAAUUUUUUUGUGUUUGCUUGGGUUGUGUUUUUGGUUUUUGUUUGUUCAUUUGUUUGUUUUUGAUACUUUAGAAGAGGGAUGGCUAGGGAGAGGGGAAACUUAAGUAAACUAUUAAUGUGCUGCUUGGAAAAUGGCACUUUGUGUCCUCUGUCAGCAGUUCUGGCUGGAAUUCACGUGUGUUCUCUCAAGUCCUACACUGACUGACAACUGUAUUUUCAGCCCCAUCGUCUGGAUGUGAGCUUUGCACGGGCAGGCCUUGGAAAGGUGCUUUUGAUCGCUGCUGCAAAACUAGUGAUCCCAAUUCUAUCAUUUAGUGUGCUCCUGCUGAAUUCUGUAUGUGUGUAGCACCUACAAUGACAAAUCACUGAGCUGUUGAGCAACAAGCAUCCAUGUACAAGUUCUGCUGCUUGAACAGUAUUUUGUAACAGAGGCACUGUCCUGGUUUUAAGUAUUUGUUCUGUCACAACCUCUCAUUCCUACUUUCCUGCUUCUGAUGCUCUUUCCUGUCUCUGUCCUCUGGUGAUCUCCCCUGCUGCUGUGCAGAGAUGGGAGUUGGCCCUCCAGAGGCUGCCCGUCGGUGGUGUCAGCCGUUGAAGGGAGGCUGAUUCAGGACAGCGUGGUGUAAGCAGAGGGUAGUGGCAAGAACUUUAACUAGUGGAUUAAAUAAAAAUGCAAGUUUUUCAAAUGCAGGUAUACAGCCAACCAGAGCUAGCCUUGAGUACUGGAUUCCAGUACUAGAGCAGCCUCAUAGAUCAUACACUGCGUCUAAUUAAAUAUUUGGAGUGUGAUUUCAACCAGUGCUUUUGUUACUCUUCUGUGAAGAUCAUCAUUUGAUGUCCUAGCUGUUAAAACUGUAUUUUUUACUUUGUUAUCACAAGAGGACACAGAUGUUACCAUCUACUUUAUAGUUUUUGAAUACACUUGCUCUGUACUGAUUGCAAAUUAUUGUAUUUUGCAAUAACUCAGUAAAUCAACCCAUGUCACCA